AUGCUCUCUAACACUGCCGCCAUCAAGCAAAACACGAGAUAUGUGGAAGAGGACUUGAACAGGCUUCUUGUGCGAUUCUUCGGGGUCUCCCUAGGUAAUGGUUCUGCCGGCGAUGAGACGCAGCCUCAGGAGGAGGCAGCGAAGGAUCAGGAGCGGCCGGGUGUGCCGAUCGCACCGACGCCCAGUGGUCAGAAGGAGACGCGCGAGGGGCACAUUGUCUCGGAAAAGCAUGAGCUUGGCCAUGAGGAGCUACGCGAAGUUCAGAGGACCCUGGCCGUGAAGUACGGGCAAACCGAUCCGGCAAAGAUCUGCGACAGUGUGGGCAAAGACUGGUUCUGCACAGAAGUGCUGCUGCCUGGGAACAACAAGCGUAUCCACGUAGAGGUGAACCGAAAUGGCAUCCUGAAUGCUUGGUGGCCGACGCAGGCGUGCAAAAAGGAGAACUGCAAAGUCGAUGGUGAAACCUAUGCGAAGUACAACGAGAAAUCGAAUCGCCAACACGUGCUUGAGGGCAAAAACAAGGGCAAGUUCGCUAGAGGCAGUAAGGCGCCGCCAGUCGGGCUCGUUACAGACAACAAGGCGCGCGACAAGUGGAAGAAUCCGCAAACAGGCUCGCCGCGGGAGAAUCCUCUUCAAGAAGAGCAAGCAGAAGCUGCCCGGGAUAAAAAAGGAGGCAUCGUCGAAGCAGGUGCCACGCGAAUCACCACGAAUGCGCAGGGCGAGCUCGUAGAGGUCAAGACCAAGAGUCGUUCAGAUGGGAUGGAGGAGAUCGACUACACGGCAGAGAAGAAGACCAAGGAUGGCACGAAGAGGACAAAGUACAAGAAUGCUAGCCCUGUGGAUGCACCCAUCGGCCACUCCGAAUUCUAUGAAACAGUGACGUCCAACAAGGGCGAGCUCUUUCAGACCCGGCAGUCAGGCCGUGGGGAGUUGGACAAGAAGACGCUGGAAACUCGAAUGGUGGAGUGUGAGAAAACGAGCUAUGAGCUGCGGGACGAGGUAAAAGCGGCCAUCGGCCAGGGCGUGGAGGUGGGAGCUCUUGUAGCCAGAAAGAGAAACGAGCAGCGGCUGUACAUUUCUGAGCAGCGAGAGAACGAAGCCAUCUUGUCUGGCCUGGGCCGAGCAUCUGCGCAAGGUGCAGCGCAA